AUGGCAGUGGAUGAGAAUCUGCAGGACAAUGGCUUCUUCAGUUGGGCCUCCCCUGGGGCAAUGGACUUCAACACGCUUUUCCCACAGGAGACGGAGCCGUCAAAUGGUGGAACGGGGCCGGAUGAGCAGUCCGUUCCAGCCUUGUCCAACUCACCGACUGAUGAGCCCACCGAUCCCGCAUACCUCAUCACCAGCAAGCUGACAGAGCUGCUCCUCGACAUGGGUAGGCUCUGGGCAAAGAUGCCCGUGAAGUCAACGCUGCACCUGGCGCAAAGGAACUCACACGAGGAACACGUCAAGAACCUGACGGACAAGAUAGCGUCCAAGGCCGCACUGGAAAGUAUCUUCGCCCUCAGCCAACGACUCAUCGACCUGUACCAUGAUGCCAUCAGCACCGCCCUGCCCCUGGACACCGGGCCUCCCCCUACCUGCGACAUUCCAGACUGCACGCACAGCCUCGAGCUGCCCCCGGCGCUCGACGACAUUGAGAAGCAGAUUUCCGGGCAGGAAGAGGCACCCAGGACCGACAUGCCCCUGGCAAACGUCCUCCUGUCCUGCCACGCCCGCCUGCUGGACCUCGUCGACUGCUUCUUCCUGCUCGUCACCUCAUGCCUCCGGGUGACGGUGGCCAGCCCGGACCGGCGGGAGCCAGAAUUCAACGGGCCCGAGAUGCGCGUGGGCUCUUUUGUCCCGCCCAAGACGGCCGCCGUCUCAAUGCAGAUUGCCCUGCUGAAGCAUUUGAUGGUGGGGCUUGUCGGACAGGCUGGCCUCGUUCGGCACGGCUGUGUCGUCUCGUCCAAGGGGUCGGCGGCAGCAGCAUGGAAGCGCAAAUCCUCGCUUUGCAGCAUCAACUUCUCACGACGAGGCACGCCUCAUAUCUGGGGCAUGUUGGCACCAUUGAGGACUUCUUGA